AUUUUAGAAGUAUCUGUUCUAUUGAAAAAGAUUUCUUGGACGUGUUGCUCUCGUACCCAUUCCCCGUAGCAUUUCAACAUUACCCUGCUAACCAUCGAUCUUGCUUUCCAAAGGAUGAUCUCUCUCCGUCGAUUCAUCAUACAUCCAUGAGCUUUUACCGAGUCCGGUGGCUCUUCUAACGCAAGCCGCCUCCUUCCCCCAAGAACAGACAUGAAGAAAUCAUCCAAUAUCCAAACAUUCAAUCAACGCCACCACUGCAACUGCAACAGAAGAACAUUAAUAUCCAAUCGUAGCACUACUAAUCAGUAGUUCACAUUAAUAUCCAAUCGUAGAACUACUUAUCGGUAGUAGUUCCAGUGAAUGGGGAGAUGGAGAACCUCCCUUCUUGUCUCAAGAUUCGCCACCAAUUCAUUUUCUCGAAAAGCCCAUGUUUUUCGACCUAAUUUUGUUUUCCGCCGUCUUGUUAGACCUCUAAAUCCCGAUCCCGAUCCCUCUCUUAAUUCUUUAAUUCCCUCGAAUAGUUAUGGUAGCUUUAGGGCCUUCUCUUCUUAUCCGACUGUGGCACGCCCCAUUUUUGAUCUUGGUAGUUAUGACGACGAACAGAAAUAUUCAGAAGAAUUAUUUUUGCACGAUGAAGAUGAUGAUGAGCUCAGAAAAAUCUCCGUCAGAGCUAUCUUUCUCUGCACCAGUGUUGAUUUGAAGAGCUUGCAAGUUGAGAUAUCAAGCCAUUUUGUUCCUCCUACUUCACGCUCAACAAACCAUAUCGCUCUCAGAUUUUCCAAUUUCAGUUCAGAUCAUAUGGACAUCGAUGUUGAAGAAAACCCUAGCUCCCAUAGUUAUAUGGUCGUGUUCCAAUACGGAUCUGCUGUAUUGUUUAAUGUUGAAGAUCAUGAGGUCGAGUCUUACCUUGACAUUAUAAGAAGACAUGCUUCUGGAUUGCUUCAAGAAACAAGAAAAGAUGAUUAUGUGGUGAAGGAGAAGCCAUUGUUGAUGGAGGAUAUGCAGGGAGGUCCUGAUUACAUUGUUCUGAGAAACUUUGAUAUUGACAGUAUACGUACUAUUAGUAGUGUUCUUGGCCAAAGUAUUGCAUUGGAUUAUUUUGUUUCACAGGUUGAUGGCAUGAUUGAAGAAUUUACAUAUAUUAAUCGGGUAAUGGAGAAAACGGGCACAUUUACCAUGGAUAGGAAGAAGCUCUUCCAACUUGUUGGAAAGGCUAAUUCAAAUCUAGCUGAUGUAAUUCUUAGAGUAGGAAUUUUCGACAGAUCAGAGAUUGCUUGGAGAGAGGCAAAGUAUGCUCAAAUAUACGAGUACCUUCGUGAGGAAUAUGAAGUAACACAACGGUUUGGAAAUCUUGAUUAUAAAUUGAAGUUUGUUGAGCAUAAUAUUCAUUUUCUACAAGAAGCACUGCAAAACCGCAAGUCGGAUCUUUUGGAAUGGUGCAUCAUUGUGUUGUUGAGCAUAGAGAACUUUAUAGGAAUAUAUGAAAUCAUCCGGGAAACAAACAUAGUCCCAAUAUGAUGGAGUUAUAUAUAUUGAUAAAGAUUUAUUUAUUUUACAGGUUUUGUUUUUGUGGUUAGAACAUAGGAAAGUAGGAAAGUAUUGAUUUAAAACCCAAAGAAUGUCUAUAUUUUGCU